AUGCGUUUCACUCACACUGGGCUCAUCUCCAGGGCCCGGACCCCGACUCCCCGCCCGACAAACCCCAGUUCGUUGCUCCGACGCCCGCAACGCCCGCAACCCCGACACAACUCCCACUCCACAAAGAACGGACAGAACCAGCCUAAGCCUGAGCCUUCUUCACAGAAUGCGGAAACACCACAAUCGGCUGCGGCAGGUACACUCGUGCGAUCUCGAGGACUUCGCAAUGCCAUAAUGGCUGGACCGGUUGGGAAGACGGGACGAUGGUAUGCGCGCGCCCAGGAGCGUAAGCCGUAUGCAACUCAGCUGUGGAGUUCGGUUAUCAUUUAUCUUUGCGGCGACCUGUGUGCCCAACUGUUGUUCCCUGCUGAGGUGCCGGCGCCUGGGAAGGAAGGCGCGGAGAACGAGGACGAGCAAGAGACCGUCGCGGCUGCAUAUGAUCCGUACCGAACUCUGCGACACCUCUGCGUUGGAGUUGGGUCUAGCAUUCCAUCUUAUAAAUGGUUUGCAUUCCUCAGCAACAACUUCAACUAUUCCAGCAAGAUCCUCUCGAUCUUGACCAAGGUCGUCGUGCAACAAACCUUCUUUACCCCCGUAUUCAACACAUACUUCUUCAGCGUGCACUCACUCCUUGCCGGCGCGACACUGGACGAAACGUGGGAGCGAUUGAAGAAGGCAGUCCCUGUCAGCAUUCAAAACAGCGUGAAGCUCUGGCCUGCCGUCACGGCCUUCAGCUUCAUGUAUGUCCCGGCACAGUUCCGCAACGUGUUCUCUGGUUGCAUUGCCGUUGGCUGGCAGACCUAUCUCAGCUGGUUGAACCAGAAAGCGGCCAAGGAGGUGUUGGCUGCAGAGCGGCUGGCCGCGGCCGAGGAGAGGAAUAGAGGUGCGCUGCCUGCCGUCUCGGGUGGGAAAAUGGUUACUGCAGCGGCGUGA